CAAGCACAGGGUUUACUUCCUUGUUUUGUUCGCCAAUAGGAUCCAUGGACAUCCUGAGCACGUCACGGACGGAUAAUGAGUUCUCUCUCUUUAAUAGUGGUUGGUGAACAGGAUCGGUUCCCUUGACAUUGGCUACAUCUGGAAAUAUAAUGUCACUGACUUCGCGCGGCGGCCUCACAAACCAACCACAAAGCAAAAGUCGAGUGUCAUCUGGAAACUCUCCACUUUAUUCUGCAUAACGCACAGCGAUCGACUGUCGAUAUGCAUGCCUUGCUAAUGCUUGGCGGAUUUCUCCCAGCUCUUUGCUGGGUGCUCUGCACGGUAGUCCAGGCCCAGGAAUACCCAGAAUGUCCGCAGACCGCGACCUCCGAGCAUGACCGGGAACAGAUCACCGAAAAAAGCCAACAUUUCAUCCGUGCAUUGGAGAGGUACCAGAACAGACCGGCCGAGAUUGUCUUCGUCCUGGAUUCCUCAGGCAGCGUCGGUCUCGGCCCCUUCGGCUGCGAGGUGCAGUUUGUUCGUCAUUUCUCCAAGCUGUUCAGCGUGUCUCCGGAGAACUCGCGAGUGGCAGUGGUAACAUACUCCAGCUGUGACAAGAUCUACACCGACUUUGACUACAUCAACUCGCCGGUGGGCAAGAACAAGUGCACGCUACUUGGCACCGACCUGCCGCGGACCAACUACCGAGAAGGGGGAACGUGUACCGUGGAUGGACUGCGCAGGGCCCAGGACAUUCUGGCUGGAGCGCGGCCAUCCACACAAAAAAUUGUCUUUGUCCUGACUGAUGGACAUUCCAAUGAUGGUGGAAGCCCGCUGCCAGUGGCCGCUGCCCUGCGGAACACAGCUGCAGUCUUCGCCAUCGGCCUGGGCACGGGCAUCAGUGUAGAUGAGCUGAACGGCAUCGCCUCUUCACCAAGCGAUGACUAUGUCUUCCUGCUGGAUCAGCUGACCGAUGUAGAGAGCCUCGCUGAGAAAGUCAUUGGAGAUCAGGCAGACAUGGCCUCCUGGGAUCGCAACGUGAACUCUGACCUCUGCAACUCACUCUGCCUGUCAGGAAGCAACUGCUGCGACAUGCGGGCCACCUGCUCAUGUGCAACUCAGACGGGAAGCUACGGAUGUGCCUGCCAUCCUGGCUACACGGGCGACGGGAAACAGAAUCAGUGCAGAGCCUGCCCUCGCGGGACCUAUAAACCAGAGUAUGGCAACCAGGGUUGCACCAACUGCCCUGCUCUCUCUACCACGAUGGCAGAGGGCAGCACAUCCCUCAGUAACUGUCAGUGCCUGGCCGGUCACCAAGGUUCUCCAGCAACAAAAGUCCCGUGCACACCCAUCAACUGCCAACAACUGAGCUUCACUGAAUCCUCUGGAGUCCUUCUUGUCCCACCGAACUGCGACAACCACUACGGGACUGAGUGCCGCAUGCAGUGCCGUCCUACCUACCGUGCCCAGCCCGGCACUGCGGACAUAGUGACAUGCUUAGCCAGUGGCCUGUGGUCUGGCAACCCUCUCCAGUGCACCCAAAUUACUUGUGUGGUAUUGCCAGCACCGGCAAAUGGCCAUCAGUCGUGCGACACGACGGAUUGGCGCAUCGGAACUGUGUGCAACCAGACCUGCAGUGAAGGAUACGAGCGGGAGGGCGCCCUCCAGAGACGAUGCGAACUCAACUUGGCACAGCAGGUCGGGGAGUGGACCAACCAGGCUGGCAAAUGCAAAGCCAAGACAUGCCCCGCCCUUCUCUCCAAACAACACAUGAGGAUCCGUCCAUCCUCCUGUGAGAAGCAGAUUCAAGAGUACACCUCUGAGUGUUUCUAUGAAUGCAAGAAUGGAUUCCGGUUGAAAGGGGUGAACCGGAGGGCCUGUCAAGCUGACGGGACGUGGUCAGAUUCAUCGAUGGAAAACACCUGUGUUGAUGUCGAGCCACCAGUAUUCACCUUUUGCCCCUCGGACAUUUCGCUGGUGACCGACCGGAACAAGAACUUUGCAACAAAUGCCAGCUGGGACCAGCCUAUAGCGAGUGACAACGCAGGCCAGCCACUGGUCACUGGCUCUCCGUCAGCUUCACAGGAGCGGUUCUAUCUGGGUGUGGCCACCGAGAUCACAUACACGGCGCGUGAUGGCGAGGGUCUGGAGACCAACUGCACUUUCGUCGUCACAGUUGAAGACCAAGAGCCCCCUAGAUGCACCUACUGCCCAGAUAACAUCCAAGCCGAGAGUAAUGAAAGACAGCGUAGUGUCAACUGGACUGUUCCCACCUUCAAAGACAACUCAGAGAUGCCUGUCAAGCUGAGGUCCGACAUUCCACCAGGAUCGCUGUUCUUCUGGGGGCCGCCCAGGCAAAUCAGUUACCGAGCCGAGGACCAAGCGGGCAAUGCCGUCUUCUGUAACUUCACAGUUGCAGUGAGACAAUACCCUUGCCCCUUCUACCCCCCACCGCAGAAUGGAGCUCUGGCUUGUGAGACCUGGCUUGGUGGCCAGUUCUGCCGGGUGGCCUGCAGCGAGAACUUUGACUUCAAUCGGAAUCCUGCGGGUGAAUACUACUGCAGAACGCCUCUUGGCAGUGUCGCGGCCCAGUGGGGGCCAUCUCCAACAAACCCGAACACUGCCAACUUUAGGGUCCCUUGGCCGGAUUGCUCUGAAAUGAGAGAUCCCAAUGCAGAGAUGACGCUCGGGGUGCAGUUCUACGUCGGGGAUUGCCAGCUGGAUGAGCGCGCAAAAGCACAGAUUGCUGCUGACUUCGUGGCCAGGUUCCAGGAAUUGAACCAAUUUGUGCCCGGCCUCUGCCAGGCGGACACUGGCUGCAGCGUGGAGAAUGUCAAGGUGACCUGUGGGGCGGUGGAUGGACGGCGGAAGAGACGACGCAGGCAAACCAAUGACCUGGCUCUGGAAAUAGAGUUCACCGUGGUCGUCAAUUCAGCUCAUCAGCCACAGAUUCAGAACACCUCCUCCGCUGUCAGUCCCAGCAUGAAUUCCGUCCAGGUACUCAACAACUUCAUGGAGACCAUGGACAUGGUCAUCUCAGCAGGACUGCUCAACAUUUCCACCGGGAACGGCAACAUGCUGUCGCCUGUCGGGCCAGUUAACGUCUUGGAGCCAGUCUCACUGUCGUGUCAGGACGGGGAGGUCCUACGAAAUCAGUCAUGCGUUGUCUGCCCAACUGGUACAUACCAUGACGUCGAGGGUGGUGUUUGCCAAGACUGCAGCGCUGGUUUCUAUCAGGACUCAGACGGGCAGAUGUCCUGUCUACGAUGUCCCCAGGGAACCACUACCCGCCGCAAAGGCUCCAAAUACCCGGAGGAUUGUAAAGCCCCCUGUCCAAUGGGUACCUACUCUGCCAGCGGUCUCGUAACGUGCAUGGCGUGUCCACGGGGAGCUUACCAGCCUUAUGGAGGCUCCACGUAUUGCCUGCCGUGCCCUGAGGGCCUGACAACCUGGACAGAAGGUGCCCUCUCAGUGGACGAAUGCACAGGUGAAUGUCCAUUGGGCAGCUACUCUGGUACAGGGUUUGCACCAUGUAUGCUGUGCCCCAAGGGUUUCUUCCAGCCUCUAAGGACCCAGAAAUUCUGCCUUACCUGCCCGGACGAACUUUACACCCACCACGAAGGUGCACACCACAUAGCCUAUUGCCAAGUGAUCAAUGAGUGCGAGUCGCAGCCGUGCAGGCAGGGAGCCGUCUGCGUUGACCUGCCCAAGGGCUACCAGUGUCUCUGCCCGACGGGCUACACGGCCCCGACUGCGAGGUGAACAUCAACGACUGUGACCACGAUC